AUGACGGCAUCGACGGCAGCAAGUGGUUCUUCAGGUGAUAUUAUCGAACGACCGAUGUUAAAAGAAAUAGAUCAGUGGAUUGAACAACUGUAUGAGUGCAAGCAACUUACAGAGAAUCAAGUUUGGACACUUUGUGAAAAGGCAAAAGAGAUUCUUCAAAAGGAGUCAAAUGUGCAAGAAGUGGAAUGUCCCGUGACUGUAUGUGGCGAUGUUCAUGGGCAGUUCCACGAUCUCAUGGAAUUGUUCAAGAUGGGGGGUAAAUCACCAGAUACCAAUUAUCUUUUUAUGGGCGAUUAUGUUGAUAGAGGAUACUAUUCUGUUGAAACCGUUUCACUUCUCGUUUGUUUGAAGGUGAGGUAUAAAGAGCGUGUGACAAUUCUUCGAGGAAAUCACGAAUCUCGUCAGAUAACACAGGUGUAUGGUUUCUAUGACGAAUGCCUACGCAAGUAUGGCAACUCGAAUGUGUGGAAGUACUUCACAGACUUAUUUGAUUAUUUCCCAUUGACUGCUCUAGUUGAUGGCCAGAUAUUCUGUUUACAUGGCGGAUUAUCACCAUCAAUUGAUAGCUUAGAUCAUAUUCGUUCACUGGAUAGACUACAGGAGGUACCACACGAAGGACCGAUGUGUGACUUGUUGUGGUCUGAUCCAGACGAUCGUGGAGGUUGGGGAAUAUCUCCGCGAGGAGCUGGUUACACAUUUGGCCAAGAUAUUUCGGAAACGUUCAAUCACUCGAAUGGACUCACACUCAUUUCUAGGGCGCAUCAGCUCGUUAUGGAGGGUUACAAUUGGUGUCAUGAUCGUAAUGUGGUUACCGUUUUCUCAGCACCAAACUAUUGUUAUCGCUGUGGUAAUCAAGCAGCUAUGGUUGAAUUAGACGACGAAAUGAAAUACUCAUUUAUACAGUUCGAUCCUGCACCACGUCGUGGUGAACCUCAUGUUUCACGUAGAACACCUGAUUACUUUCUGUGA